AUGACUGAGGAAGUUAAAUCUAUCUCGCCCUACGGCAUUGCCCGCUCAACUGUCAAGGGCGAGCCUCUCUCCAAAGAGGAGAUCCAGCUGUACAAUGACUUCUUCAAGGCCAGCUGCUACCUCUCCUUAGGUAUGAUCUACCUCAAGGAGAAUCCUCUUCUUCGAGAACCCCUCAAAGCCGAUCAUCUCAAGCUUCGAUUGCUUGGUCACUUUGGCUCUGCCCCCGGCCAAAUCUUCACAUACAUGCACUUUAAUCGUCUGAUCAAGAAGCACGAUCUGGACGCUCUCUUCAUCUCUGGUCCCGGACAUGGUGCCCCCGCUGUCCUGUCUCAGUCUUACCUGGAGGGUGUCUACACCGAAGUGUACCCUGACAAGACUCAAGAUGCUGAGGGCAUGCAAAAGUUCUUCAAGAGCUUUUCGUUCCCCGGCGGAAUUGGCUCUCAUGCUACUCCAGAAACCCCUGGAUCUCUCCACGAGGGUGGUGAGCUGGGUUACUCCAUCUCGCAUGCUUUUGGUGUUGUCUUCGAUAACCCCGACUUGAUUGCUCUUACUAUGGUCGGUGAUGGUGAGGCCGAGACUGGUCCUCUGGCUACCGCCUGGCACAGCAACAAGUUCCUCAACCCAAUUGUUGACGGUGCUGUCCUCCCUGUUCUUCACCUCAACGGUUACAAGAUCAACAACCCCACAGUCCUUGCUCGAAUCUCACACCGAGAACUCGAAUGCCUCUUCAUCGGUUAUGGCUGGCAGCCAUACUUUGUUGAGGGUGACGAUGUUGAGACUAUGCACCAAGCUAUGGCUGCUACUCUCGAGCACUGCGUGGACGAGAUUCGGAAGAUCCAGAAGGAGGCUCGUGAGUCUGGCGAGGCCAAGCGACCUUUAUGGCCCAUGAUUGUUCUCCGAAGUCCCAAGGGCUGGACUGCCCCUCGCAAGGUUGACGAUAACUACCUGGAGGGUUACUGGCGAGCUCACCAGGUCCCCAUCUCAGACCCCGCCACAAACCCUGCUCACCUCAAGGUCCUUGAGGAUUGGAUGCGAAGCUACGAGCCCGAUCGUCUAUUUGACGAGUCUGGCGCGCCCAUUGCCUCUCUUCGUUCUCUUGUGCCUGAAGGUAACCGACGAAUGAGCGCCAACCCCGUCGCCAACGGUGGUGCGCUUAGGAAGCCGUUGAGAAUGCCCAACUUCAAAGACUACGCCAUCAAGGUUGACAGCCCCGGAAAUGUCAUGAACGCUAGCAUGACCAACAUGGCUGUCUUCCUCAAGGAUGUCAUUGCUGAGAACCAGACAAACUUCCGUCUCUUUGGUCCUGAUGAGACUGAGUCUAACAAGCUUGGCGGUGUCUACGCUGCCGGAAAGAAGGUCUGGAUGGGCGAGUACUUUGAGGAGGAUUCCAACGGUGGUAACCUUGCUAAGGCUGGCCGUGUUGUUGAGAUGCUUUCUGAGCAUAACUGUGAAGGUUGGCUCGAGGGUUACCUCCUCAGUGGUCGUCACGGUCUUCUCAACAGUUACGAGCCUUUCAUCCACGUUAUUGACUCCAUGGUCAACCAGCACUGCAAGUGGAUUGAGAAGUGUCUCGAGGUCGAGUGGCGUGCCAAGGUUGCCUCUCUCAACAUCCUCCUGACUGCCGUUGUCUGGCGUCAGGACCACAACGGUUUCACUCACCAAGAUCCCGGUUUCCUCGACGUUGUCGCCAACAAGAGCCCCGAGGUUGUCCGCAUCUAUCUUCCUCCCGAUGGCAACUGCCUGCUUUCUGUCAUGGACCACUGUCUCCGAUCAGUCAACUACGUCAACGUUGUUGUUUCUGAUAAGCAGGAGCAUCUUCAGUACCUCUCCAUGGACGCUGCCAUCGAGCACUGCACCAAGGGUAUUGGUAUCUGGCCUCAGUUCUCCACCGAUGCUGGACAGGAUCCCGACCUGGUCAUGGCCUCUUGCGGUGACAUCAGCACUCACGAGUCUUUGGCCGCCAUUGAUCUCCUGCUUGAGCACUUCCCUGAGCUCAAGAUUCGAUGCGUCAACGUUGUCGAUCUCUUCAAGCUGAUCCACCCCAGCGACCACCCCCACGGUCUUCCCGACACUGAGUGGACCAGCCUCUUCACUGAUGACACUCCUGUCAUCUUCAACUUCCACAGCUACCCCUGGAUGGUGCACCGCCUGACAUACAAGCGUCCUGGUAGCCGCAACCUCCACGUUCGCGGUUACAAGGAGAAGGGCAACAUCGACACGCCUCUCGAGCUUGCUAUUCGUAACCAGACUGAUCGUUUCAGUUUGGCUAUGGAUGCCAUCGACCGCAUGCCUCAACUCCACAACCGGGGCGCCUCGGCCCGCCAGGCUCUCCUCAAUGCACAGAUCCAGGCCCGCAACGAGGCCUUUGAGACAGGCAUGGACCCUCCCUUCCUUAAGAACUGGACCUGGAAGCGCAAUGGCCUUUGGAAGAAGGUCACCGACGGCCUUGUCUCUCGAUAG